CACCAGAAGAAGCACUGAAGAUAAUACCAAUAGAAAUUAUGACAAAUUGUAUGAUGAUUAUGAUAAAUCCCAGAACAAAACUAACAAUAAUAAUGAAGAACAUAACAAUUUUGGCAAUGCAAAUAAUAUUUUCG